AUGCUUUUAUUUUCCAGCUAUGUUGGCCAACCAGAUCGUAUUCCCUUUUCAUGUCCUGAUGAAGAACUAAAUCGAUAUCUCGUCGACGACGAGUAUGGUUAUGGCUAUCGCACUAACGGUCCGAUUCGUCGAGUGCAAUUCUUGAAAGGAAGAUCAGGCUCUGCGAUAAUGAUGGGUGGAACUACAGUUGUACCAGUCAAAAUGGUGGAUACAUCGGAUUCGCCUCCGCUUCUUACAGCCGAGCUUCGUCGUCGUCCAGUCAAAGAAACGUAG